GAAGUCACUUCUACCUUCCUCCCGUGGAAAACUUGUUAUCUUCCAUUCUGUGUUUCCUACAGGAGGCAUCUGUGGUGGUUCUUUAAGCUACAAAAAAUUGCCCAAGCUUGUGUGACAUCAGCCCUGUCAAGUGUCCAUGAUGCUGGGCCCUGAGGGAGGUGAAGGCUAUGUGGUCAAACUCCGUGGCCUACCCUGGUCCUGCUCAAUUGAGGACGUACAAAACUUCCUCUCCGACUGCACAAUUCAUGAUGGGGUCGCAGGUGUUCAUUUCAUUUAUACUAGAGAAGGCAGGCAGAGUGGUGAGGCUUUUGUUGAACUUGAGUCAGAAGAUGAUGUAAAAUUGGCUCUGAAAAAAGACAGGGAAAGCAUGGGACACCGGUAUAUUGAGGUGUUCAAGUCACACAGAACCGAGAUGGAUUGGGUGUUGAAGCACAGUGGUCCAAACAGCGCCGACAGUGCCAAUGAUGGCUUUGUGAGGCUUCGGGGACUCCCGUUUGGAUGCACAAAGGAAGAAAUCGUGCAGUUCUUCUCAGGGUUGGAAAUUGUGCCAAACGGGAUCACACUACCUGUGGACCCGGAAGGCAAGAUUACAGGGGAGGCCUUCGUUCAGUUUGCCUCACAAGAGUUAGCCGAGAAAGCUUUAGGGAAGCACAAGGAGAGAAUAGGGCACAGGUAUAUUGAAGUGUUCAAGAGCAGUCAGGAGGAAGUUAGGUCAUACUCAGAUCCACCUCUGAAGUUUAUGUCUGUGCAGAGGCCUGGGCCUUAUGACAGGCCUGGCACAGCCCGGAGGUACGUUGGCAUUGUGAGACAGGCAGGCCUGGAUAGGAUGAGGUCUGGUGCCUAUAGUGCAGGCUAUGGGGGCUAUGAAGAUGGUUUCACCACUGACCAGUUUGGCAGAGACCUCAGCUCUUAUCUCUCAGGAAUGUAUGACCACAGAUACGGAGACAGCGAGUUCACAGUGCAGAGUGCCACCGGCCACUGCGUCCACACAAGAGGGCUGCCCUACAAAGCAACAGAGAACGACAUUUACAACUUCUUCUCUCCACUCAACCCUGUGAGGGUUCAUACUGAGAUUGGUCCUGAUGGAAGAGUGACCGGAGAAGCUGAUGCUGAGUUUGCUACUCAUGAAGAAGCAGUGGCAGCUAUGUCCAAGGACAGGGCCAACAUGCAGCACAGAUACAUAGAACUCUUCCUGAAUUCAACAACAGGAGCUAGCAAUGGGGCUUAUAGCAGCCAGGUGAUGCAGGGCAUGGGUGUGUCAGCUGCCCAGGCAACUUACAGUGGCCUGGAGAGCCAGUCAGUGAGUGGCUGUUACGGGGCCGGCUACAGCGGUCAGAACAGCAUGGGUGGAUAUGAUUAGUAUUGUAGGAACAUUUGGGUUAUUUCAAUCAGAAAAUUUCACAGGCAGCCAAUAAACAGUCAAGAGCAGUUUAUAACUCUAGAGGAAGCUGGGGGACCCACUUUGCACCAUGAGUUUGUGAAAUCUGGAUUAAAAAAUUACCUCUUCAGUGUUUCUCAUGCAAACUUUUCUUCUAGCAUGUAAUAUUGAGUAAACUAAAACUAUUUUCUUCCGCUUUUCUCAAUUAACAUUUUUGGUAGUAUACUUAAGAGUGAUGUUAUCUGAGUUAAGUAGUUUAAGUAUGUUGAGUGGAUCUUUCAGCACACCACAGUGAACACACUGGGGGCAUGUACUUUUCUGGAGAACUCAAGGUGCUAGAUCCCUGAUGCAAAGAGAAGCAUUUCUCAUGUUCAUUCUAGUUUAUAUUUUCAUUUAAAAUCUUUAGGUUAAGUUUAAGCUUUUUAAAAGUUAGUUUUGAGAAUUGAGACACAAUACUAAUACUGUAGGAAUUGGUGAAGCCUUGACUUAAAGCUUUCUUUGUACUGUGAUUUCCUUUUGGGUGUAUUUUGCUAAGUGAAACUUGUUAAAUUUUUUGUUAACUAAAUUUUUUUCUUAAAAUAAAGACUUUUUCACAA